ACACAUCUCUACAGCUCUACAGCUUUCCCUCUGGUUAUAACCGACGGCGCUCCUGGUGAUUACAGAGCUUUCAGAGCACAGGAUGAUGGAUUUACUACACAUUUCUGACAUUUUUAUGGCUUUUCUCUUUUUGGAAAAUAAAAUAUCCUCAGAGAGCUGAAGUGGUAAAACAUCAGAUGAUCAUUCAGUAUCAUUAAGAAUUCAGUGAGUGUAGGAUUUACACUGCUUUUGGAGACUCGGGAUGGAGAUGUAAUAAAAAAUAAAGAUUGUAAUUCCAGGAUAUGACCUGUCUGAUUUCUCUGGACUGGAUUAAGACUCCAAGAUUUCAUCCUUCUUACAAGUUGCCUGAAAGUAGUCUCCAACGAUUAAAGAUGCAACACUAACAAGACUACAUCCAAGAUUACAUAACGGUAGCCACGAUAUAGAAAUGGUGUGUACCGAGCAAAACUCGGGCACCGCUGUGCCCAAAAAGGAGCCUCAGGUCCGUCAUAAACGCAAAUCCCGCCCUCAGGGCCUCCCGUCACCGGCGCUAUGCUGCGCGUGUGGCCUGUGCAUCAUGCUAGCGGGUAUCAACAUCACCCUAGUGGGCGCAUUCGCCUUUACCACGCUCCUGCCCUCCGGUAACCCGCCUAUCAUCAUCGGACCCGUCCUUCUGCUCGUUGCCUUCACUUUCUUCGCCGCCUGCUGCGUGUGCAGCCGCAUGCCUCCUCCGCAUAGCUCGCGUCGAACCAAAUCAGGCAACGUGGGCUUCAUGAGGCACCAUGGGGCGGCGUUCGAGAUUGAAACGAGCGAGCACACCAUUCAGGACACGACCGCCGUCCAGCUCAGUCCCACAAACUCGCCCAGCUUGUCGCGCAGCUCGGAAUCAGAUCGAGAUGCUAAUGUGAACGCAAACGCUAAUGUUAAUGCUAAUGCUAAUGCACCCGCUCCGGACUAUUCGCUCUUCACUAUGGAUGCUAACGGGCCGAACUCGGUGUCGGCGGCUUUUUCCACCACGACAGGAAGUGGUGAAGCGGUCAGGCUCAUGUUGCCGUCCAAUGCCACCUAGGACGGACUGUACAUCUAUUCUGAAAUGUAAAUAAAAAUGUUGAAGGUGGCACUUGGGUGCCAUUUCGUGGUUCUGUGUGGUGUGUUAACGUAGACAUAUUAGCGCAAGAGCUGGAGGAGCUCAUGGAGUAAGAAAACUUGACACUGGCGGCUUUUAUAGCCUCCACAGGAAGUGAGAGAGUCGUCACGUUCACUUUAUCAUCCAAGGCCAACUAGAAGAAUCUGCAAAUCUUUGCCGAGAUGUAAAUAAAAUGUUCUGAGAGGGACGUGGCACUUUGUUUGGUGCUAAUUUGUGGUUCAUGCUAACUAAGAAGCGCUGGAAGAUCCUGAUUGGAAAUCUAUGUGGCGAUUAUAUGAAGAUCUUUAUAGAAGAGAGACUUUUAAACUCCUUGAAAUGGAAGAAGCCUCAGAUCUAGGUAUGCUAAUCCUUCACUAUAGAUGCUAAUCCGACAAACUUGGUGUUAGCAGCUUUUUCUGCGUCUAUCAUCUAAUUCCACUGAGGAGAGUCCAUGAAUUUCCACUGAGAUGUAAAUACCUUGUUGGGUGUCUUCAUCAUGAGUGUAUUAGGACCUCCUUGAAAGCUAAUGCCAAAGUGAAUGCUAGCUUAAACAUGCCUUUUCCAGACUUCACACUCUUGCUAAUUGGUGUAGCUUGGCAUUGAUGACUACUUUUGGGCAUUUUAUCCACAGGAAGCAGAGACAUGGUCAGAUUCACUUCACCUUCUGAUGCCACCUCGGAGGUGAAUAAGCGUAGUGCAUUAGCGGAGACGUGUUAGCACUUUUUGAAAAAGUCCUGCUUUCGGAAAGUUGAUGGUCGACAGAAACGUAUUAAGGGCUUUUGAAACCCCAAACUCCAAAUGGAUGGAGCCUCGGUGUGUGAAUCACUGUGUCUUGUGUUUCACACUUUCGCACUCUGCCACUGUUACUCAGAUUAUUCACAGUUAUGGCGCUAACAAAGAGACAGAAUCUGCUGUCGUGCCAAAAUGUCUUUGCAGACGAAGCAGAGAAAUACGGCGAUGUGAUGUUACACCGACUAAAAGCAAAAUAUGAACCUUCUCACUUUCCAGCCACAAAUGUCUUUUUCCAUUUCUAUAAAAAAAUGUUGUAUAGUAUCACACUGUGCCGGAUGCACUGCCAUUUUCUAAAGGAGGGGGGCCAAAACUAUUAAGAAUUAUGAGUAUUGCAAAUGCCAUUUAAAAAAAAUGUGCAAUUAAGACAACCCUCAUUAAGUUGUAGUAAUUUUAGUACAUCAGUAAAUGAAGGUAGGUUACACUGACAGGUUGCUGUGAGUGGUACAGUGGGGCAGUUGUAGCUCAGAGACGCUGUUAAAGGUCAAAUCAACAAUUUGGAUGCUUUUGGUUUGUACUUAAAACUCAUAAAAGUCUGUCAUUCAUUGGUCAGAAAUACUGGGAAGAAAAAAAGAUAAAUUCAAAUAAAAUAAAGUAAAAUAAAAUAAAGUCAGAUCACUUUGUCAUCGCGCUAGGCCACCUCGCUCAGACUCGAGUGUGAACGCCGUGUUCCCUUUAAUGCCACGCCCCCAGAACACAUAAAACACCAACAUGCUAAUGAAGGAGGCGGAGCUUUCUGAAUUGUCAUUCCCUUCUUGUUCUGAGACACAGAUACUGCCAAAUACACCUGUCACAUUUAUUCCCUGAUCGAUAAGGGCUGUAAACCACUUCUUUUUUUACGAUUAAAUCCUUUCAGAGGAAUUUACUGUCAGAAAUAUUGGCAUCCUUGGCAAAAAAAAAAAAAAGAAAGUAGACUUAAUCUGACAUUGAAAAUAUGAUCAAAAUCUAUCCAUUAAUUAAAGUCAAUUUAUUAUCUAUUCUAAUCUUAUCUAAUCUUCUGCAUGUUUAAUGAUUAAAGGAAUCAUUUCUCUGUGUCAUCGAUGACUCGAGAACAACUCAGGUGAAAAAAAAAGUAAAAAUAUAAACACUAAGAACAUGCUUCAGUUGUUCAAGUAAUGUUGUUCAUAAAGAACUACUAAAAAAUAAAAAAAAAUUGAAACAUAUGUGAUUUUGUUACAAAGUGUAGUUUUCUUAAAAAUAAAAUAAAUUUAUUUAAAUGACGUAUCUGUCAGUGUGAGAUGAAACCCAUCUUUACCGAGGGUGCCAAUACUUCUGGACCCGACUGUAAUUCGGAAGUGUGGAAAUUGUCACGUCAGUGUUCUCAUCACGUCUUUUAAGAAACAGCGAGCUGGACAUUUUUAUUGGAAAAACUGUUCGAAUUAAACAUAUGUAAGUGUUAUUGCAUCAUAAAAUACAACAACCAAUCAGGUUGCAGUAUGCAAAUAAGAGCCAUGCAACACGAUUAGGAAAGCGGGCAGGGCGUGCAAUGUUGGGAGUGUUUUUUUAAUUUACAUCUUUCUGUUCUGAAAGUUUAGGCACCUAUUUUGUUUUAUUGAUUUUUUUUUUUGCGAAACUGUUACGUGAAUUUGUUUUCUAAAAUGUUUCCCCGCUGUUUUGUUCAGCAUGCCAUUUUUAGUUUUUAUUCUUUCUACCAAAUUGCUACGAUGCAUUUUGAAAGUGAUCUUCUGUCCUGCGCUCGUUUACCACACACGAUUUUUCCACAAUAGUCAUCAGAAAAGGGCAUCCGCUCAUUAAUCUAAUUAUUCAGGAUAGAUAAAGUGGCUAAUGGCAAAUAGCAUUAUGACAUGACAAGUGUGUGUGUGUGUGUGUGUGUGUGUCUACAGUUACAACAAACAAAAAACAAAAAAGGGCUGAUCUACAAAACAUACAGCGUUUAAACUUCAGUAAUCUGCGUCCUGAUAUUUAACGGAUGCAUUCGGUUACCAUUGCGACUUUAUGAUAUUUUAUGCAUUUCAUGUUUUUUUCAGAAGCGUCGUACUUCUGUGUAAACAUCUGCUAAACUCCACAACACACUGAUUUUUACAUUUUUGACCCAAUUAUUGAAAUUAAAUACAGAUAAGAUUCCUAGGCGCCUGUAAUUUAAGGGGUAAAAUAACUUUUCCUGCACCAUAUGAGGAAAUAAUCUCCAACAGCAACAAGGACCUCGUUUGAAAAAUUGUCCCAUGUUAAGUUAAAUUGCAUGCUCAUUUGCAUACUGAAAAUAUUUGUGACAUCACUACUGCAAAAGUAAAAGUAUAUUGCAAUAACGCUAUGUUCACACUAGCGACAUGUGACAAGUAACAUUUGAAUCGAGAGUUUCUGUGCAGGCACUAAGCAGUAAAAUUAAGCGACGAAUCCAAAAGAUUGUCUCAAAUGAUUCCUCGGUUCGAUGUUUAAGUCACUAACGAGUUUAGUUCCCGCCUGCAAUUAGUUCGCGUUUACUGUUUGACGCAAAAAUGUCAUACACGACUUCUCAUUAAAUGUGUAUAGCGACAAUAGGAAGAAAAAUAAAGCUAAUCUGAGAAAAAAGCUAGUACAAAGCCGAGCUCGUGAUGUGUAACUCAAACAACCGAUUUCUAACUAGUUAGCUAUCAUUAAUAAUGUUUCUCAUUGUGACAAAAAAAAAAAAAAAAGGCCACGCCCACAAGAGACAAACUACAACUGAGAUGAGUGCACUGCUAGUGUGAAUGUAGGGUAACAGCUAACUUUUUUUUUUUGUUAUGUUUAUUUUAACAAAUUUAUUGCACCAACAUGACCAAGCAGUGUCAUAAUACGCUAAUAUUCAACAUGGAAGUGGAACAAUAUGAACAAUUUCCUCAAGAAUAAUUAUCCACAUCGCUAUAGCAUAACGUUAAAGGUGCUAUUGGCUAAAAUUUCACAUUCACUUCUCUAAGUUUAACCAUCAUACUAAUAUACUGUCACACCCCUAAUCUAAUCUAAUCUAAUCUAAUCUAAUAAUGUGCUAAAAUGAUAACUAUAUUAAGCCAAUAUUGGACACUACAGUAACUGUUACCACGGAAACAGAAAGCUGCCUUAAUGACUGUGAUCUCAGGAUGGAUCCGAUGAGGGCUAAUCAAACGUACGCCAUACGCGAUUCUGUAACGUAAAACUGUGACUCUGUGGUUAAUGUUGGUCUGCAUGUGUUUGUUUGUUAAACCUGUAAUGACGUGAACUGUUGUGGCUUAAGAAAAUUAUAAAGAAAAAUAUCAUUCAUCAUCAUUCUGGUCAUUUCUGUCACAUUGUCUUUUGUGUGGAUUGCGUUGGAAUUAGUCGAUUAUUCAUGCUGUUAUCAUGGAUGCUUGUCACUUUAAAUCGAGAAAAAUUUGAAAAGAUUGAUAAACAUGAUGGACGGAACGCGCGUACGAAUCGGAUAGCUAACGUUUUAUUGAUUAUUCGAGUUCACAGAGUGCCUGAGGAUGUUAUCUUUACCUAGCUAGCUAGCACAAUGUGCGAUGCUAGUGUUGUGUUAGCAAGCUAAAUGUAACUCUAGCUAUAUAGCUAGAUAACGUAAAGCUAGCUAUGUUAUUUUAGUUACUUUGGAAAAAUUUUUAAGACAAAUACAUACAUCCGUAAUAAAGCAACUAUAGCUACAUAGCUGUUUCAAAUGAACGUUAGCUAGCUAAAUAUUACUAUUUAACUUGUGGGCUAGUGUUAAAUAUUUUUACCUACAUUUAACUUUAAUUACUUAUAGCUAGUUAACUACGUAAGUAAAAAAAAAUGUAUUAUAAUAACUCGUUUUAUAGCUUUAGUUACAUGAAAGUCAUUCUAAUGAUUCUAUUUUGUCACGUCUAAAGCGUGAUCAAAUUCAGCCGUUAUUAUAUGGUCGAUAUCGUCACAUGGCUAGUUGGAACGAGUGAUAUUGAGUGAUUUCAUUCCUCGGGCAGUGAGCGAGUGUGAACGUUUACAUCAAACCAUUUCACUCUUUUUAAGUGUUUUCACUGAAAUGUGUGCAAAAGAGAUGUUGUGGAAUUCCGUUUGUAAAAAUGUGGUAAUAAAAUCAGAGCUGUGACUGAAUUAAACACUUCAGCAUGAUAA